AACUCUUCUUUGCAGACUGAACAACUGUUACCUCACAAAGAAGGGCUGUGAUAUUGUGGCCUCAGCUCUCCAGUCAUCAAACUCACCCCUGAGAGAUCUGGAUCUCGGCUACAACUUCCUGCGAGAUUCAGGAGUGGAACUGCUCUGUGCUGGACUGAGGAGUCCAAACUGUAAACUACAGAAACUGGGACUGAACAACUGUGACCUCCCAGAGAAGUCCUAUGAUAUUGUGGCCUCAGCUCUCCAGUCAUCAAACUCACCCCUGAGAGAUCUGAACCUUAGCUACAAUAACCUGGGAGAUUCAGGAGUGAAGCUGCUCUGUGCUGGACUGAUGAGUCAAAACUGUAAACUACAGAGACUGGACCUCAGCUACAAUAACCUGGGAGAUUCAGGAGUGGAACUGCUCUGUGCUGGACUGAGGAGUCCAAACUGUAAACUACAGAGACUGGAACUGAACAACUGCAAACUCACAAAGAAGUCCUGUGAUAUUGUGGCCUCAGCUCUCCAGUCAUCAAACUCACAUUUGACAAAUCUGGACCUCAGCUACAAUAACCUGGGAGAUUCAGGAGUGGAGCUGCUCUGUGCUGGACUGAGGAGUUCAAACUGUAAACUACAGAGACUGGGACUGAACAGCUGUGACCUCACAGAGAAGUCCUGUGAUAUUGUGGCCUCAGCUCUCCAGUCAUCAAACUCACCCCUGAGAGAUCUGGACCUCAGCUACAAUGACCUGGGAGAUUCAGGAGUGAAGCUGCUCUGUGCUGCACUGAAGGGUCCAAACUGUAAACUACAGAGAUUGGGGCUGGGUUGCUGUAAUCUCACAGAGGGCUGCUGUGAUGUUCUGGCCUCAGUCCUGCAUUCUCCUCACUCAGAGCUGAGAGAUCUGGAGCUCAGAGACAAUGAGCUGCAGGAUUCAGGAGUGAGAGCGCUCUCUGCUGGACUGGAGGACCCACACUGUAAACUGCAGAGAAUGGGGCUGUCAGGCUGUAGAGUCACACAGAGAGGCUGUGAUUCUCUGGCUUCAGCUCUGUGUUCAAACCCCUCACACCUCAGAGAGCUGGACCUGAGAUACAAUCACCCAGGAGACUCAGGAGUGAGAGCGCUGUCUGCUGCUAAACUGGACACACUCACACUGCUUGUGGACCAUGGAGGAGAGAACAGGACCAAACCAGGACUGAGGAAAUACGGCUGUCAGCUCACACUGGAUCCAAACACAGCGCACAGAGAGCUGUCUUUGUCUGAGGGGAACAGGAGGGUGACACACACACCGGGGAGAGCGGAGCAGCCAUAUCCUGAUCAUCCAGAGAGAUUUGGUUGCCGGCCCCAGGUUGUGUGCAGAGAGAGUGUGUGUGAGCGCUGUUACUGGGAGGCUGAGUUCAGUGUGUCUGAGGGGGGAUGGGUAUAUAUAGCAGUGACAGAUAAAGGAAUCAACAGGAAAGGAGGGGAUUUUGACUGUGUGUUUGGAUACAAUAAAAACUCUUGGAGUCUGGUGUGCUUUAAAUCCAGAGACUCUGAUAAACUCAGAUACUCUGGUAAACUCAGAUGCUCUGUCAGGCACAAUAAGAACCAAACACACAUACCUGCCCUCACCUCCCCCUACUGCAGAGCAGGAGUGUGUGAUGGUGCUGGUAGAGGAGUGUGUGUGUACAGGGUAGGAGUGUGUGUGGACCGUCCGGCCGGCACUCUGUCCUUCUACAGCGUCUCUGACUCUGACACACUGACCCUCCUGCACAGAUUCCACACACACUUCACUCAACACACACCCCUCUGUGCUGGAUUUUAUGUGUGGAACUCCUCAGUGUCCCUCUGCCAACUGGAGUAGAGACACACACACACACACAAACAUGCACGUGCACACACACACGCAUACACACACACACGUGCGCAUACACACUCGCAUGCAUGCACGCACACACACACACACUCACGUACACACACACACACACACACACACCACAUUCACAUACCCACUCACCCACACCACACACACUCAUAUACACAUACACACAAACUCACACUCACACCCCCAAUCACACACAUGCACACACACACCUACACACGGACACACACAAUCUCUCGCACACACAUUCACCAGUGCACUCUCACGCGCGCACACACACACAUGCAUGCAUACGUACACACGCUCAUAACCGUAUGCACACACACUCUCUCUCUCUCUCAUGCUCAGUCACUCACACACACACACACACCCCCUCUCUCUCACACACACACUCACAUCCACACAUUCACAAGCGCACGCACACACACACAAACUCAUGCACUCACGCACACACAUGCGUGCAGAGACACAAACACGUGUGAACACACACACUCCUCUGUGUCCCUCUGCUAACUGGAGUAGAGACACACACACAUGCGCGCACACACAAACUUGCACACACACACGCAUACACACACACUCCUCAGUGUCCCUCUGCUAACUGGAGUAGAGACACACACACAUGCGCACACACACAAACAUGCACACACACAUGCAUACACACACACACGUGCGCAUGCACACUUGAACGCAUGCACACACACACACACACACAUAUAUACGCACACUCAUAUACACAUACACACACACACUCAAUCACACACUCACACACAUAUAUAAACACAAACACAUUCACAAAGGCACUCUCACGCACACACACAUACACAUGCAUACACUCAUUCUCUUGCACGUGCACACACUCAAAUACACAGUCUCACACACAUUCACACAAACGCACGCACACACACUUUCUCUUACCCAUACACAGACGCACCUGUGUGCACACAUACUCAUGCACUCAGUCAUACUCUCACACAUGCACACACACAUACAUGCGUGCACACACACACACACACACAUUCUCUUACCCAUUCACACAUGCAACCCGGGCACACACACACAUGCAUACUCACACACUCACACACAUGUUCACAUCAACAGUCACUCCCACAAACGUACGCAUGCACACACACAUUCACAAAUGCACACACACAGAAACACACUCUCAUCCAAUCGCACACACGUCGACACACUUGCAACCUUCCUUGAUGCCUUACCACUGCAAUUUCAGCUGUGCCCAGUAUUAGCCUCAGUACAGCUUAUACCCUGUACAUGAGAGUAUGGUUUUUUAGCAGGUUCAGGUUAAGCACUCGCUGUCUAAAUAUGAUUUUAUUUUUUUACAUUUUUAUAAAUUUAUAUUUCAAAUGUUCAAGGUGUGUUUAUGUACUUUUGAUUAUUAAAACAUUCAUGUAAUAUUGAGAGUAAUAAUGCCAAAAGAUGGCAGAGUAAAAUGUUUUUGAAGUAAUAACUCUGUCUCCUGUUUCUGCAUCUUUUUUAUAAGAAGCCAGUGGCAAACUCCUCCACUUAAAUGUGCAUUUUACGAGUUUUUACAGUUGCUUUCAUUCAUUUUCACAAGUCACAUUGCAAAUUUCUGUGGGCAAAUGCAGCUGAUAGGGAGAAUGCAGAAUGAUCACUGCAGUGUUCUUAUUUUAUUUCAUUACUGUAAACAACUGUAAUCCAAUGAUGAAUUGAGAUUCCUUAUUUAUCCUGUUAGGAUUUUUUUUUUUUUGCUUGAAUUUUCUGUAUUUUCAGACAAUAAUAUGCAAUGAUUAAACCUGAAUUAUAAAAAUACAAAAUGUUUUGCUGUUGUGAUUUAUUAUUGUGUGGUGUAUUGAACUCCUGUGACACAGUAGUACUUAUUUCAUAUUCUGUAUGGGAUUAUGUUUGGGCUCAAUAUGAGUAGAUCAGCAUGGGGCUAAAAUCUGCAGUUGAAGCAAUGACAUUCAUCUACAGUAGUGGAAAUAAAAUCCAUUAUGAGAAAA